GCCAUUUUGAAACACUGAGGUGUUAAAUUUAAUUUCUAUAUUAGGAAAUAAAACCUUUAUUGGUGUUCUUUCAACCUACAUUCAGUAUGAGUAAAAUACUUAAGUAGUUUUAAAAUCAGAUACUUUAAUACUUUUACUCAAGUCUUAUUGAAAUUGGUGACUUGUAAUGGAGUCAUUUCUACAGAAAGGUAUCUGUACUUUUACUCAAGUAUGGUUUUCAGGUAGUCUUUACACCUCUGCCUAGAUGACAUUUGGUGCAUGCAAAAAUUCCCCCCUAUAAAGAUCAUUGCAAUGCAUUCAAUGAGUGAUGCAUGUGAUUUUUAAGUUGCAUGUGGUGCAGUUUCAAAUAACAGCCAAAUGGAUGCAUCAACAGUCUUCCAAAACUGCCUGCAAGCCACAAAACCCUGCCUGUACACAGGUUUGGAAGCUUUUUCCGUCCCUUUUCCCAGUAGACACAUAUCCAUUUUCCUCACAGAGCACUGCAUCAAAUAUGAAUGAAAACACGCAACUCCGACACGGUGUUCAAAUAGAACCCAGAAGCAUCUCCGCAGGGACUGACAGACGCAGAUCGCAGGAUGGAGGGAAAAGCUGGAUGACAAGAAAACAAAAGGAAGAGAGCGCAUCGCCGCUCUCCGGGGGAGGAAAGGGUUAACCCCAUUACGCCAGACCAAUCGGAGCGCGGAGCAACACUGCAAAACCGCCGCAGUGAGAGAGAGAGGGAGACGAAGAUAGAGGAGCGGACGAGAGAGAGCAAGGAUGAGGAGGCGCAACAGAGGGGAGCAUCGGCAGCACUUCAACACAUCACAGUUUGAAGACAGCAAGAGCAGAAAAAAGCAAGACAGCAGAUCAAGUCCGGCCGACAGUUCACACCGACACCGUUUGAUUCAUGCCUCCCAGGAGGGAAUCGGGUUUAAGACGCACUGACAUGCAAAAGUGUGUGCACUUGUGGAUCUCAGACGAAGAGGACGAUGCUCUGGUGAAGCGCUAAACGAUGCACGUUGAUCAGAGAUGAGAAAGGUAAGCAGAAGAGCUGGAGAAAGCUGCUUCCAAAGUGUCGUGCAUUUCUCAGGAAGACCUGCGUUGAGUGUGUGAACUUCCCAAGUUGAAAACACCACCGAUGCAGAGCGGUUCGAUCCAUGAUGACGCAGCCUAAAGGUGACCUUCUUUGAGAGGACAGGAAAUUGCAUCAUAGACUAACACCUCAACAAUUCACUGACCUUGGAUUCCUCGGCAGAUGGCACAUGCAAAUCAGCAAAUGCAAAUCAAUAUGGAUUUAUCACCUUCCAGGGGUUAUAAAACCGCACUGACGGGAGUACAUCAGCACUGAAGGAAUUUUCUUUGCACGAAAGCAACUCGAUGUGGAUGUAAUGAGCAACUAAUCAGGUGUCAGGCUAGAUUAGAAAAGGAAAUGGAUUGUUUGUCAUUCACCAAGAUCGUCCACUUUCUGUUGGUCAUGGCUGGGGAGCGAAUGCAUCGUUCGCUUUAGUGACAAUCAAAGAAAUCCCAACGCGUCGGAUUACGAGGAGUGCUGAAAACUUCCUUGAAAGGCCAUGCCUGCGGCUGAUGUACAAGUUGUACCCCUUCCAGACCUUUCCGUCUUGAUCGCUGACUCCCGAGGCUGAGAAAAGAAGCUGGAAGGGGAAGGGAUAAUGCACGUCCCUCCCGCCGCGGAGGAAGAAAGCACCAUGAGUAACGUUACCGUCCUCGACAUCACAGAGUCCGUGAGUCCCGUCAUGACGGCGGCCGGUGGCCCGUACCCGUACCCGCUCAGCUUCCAGGUGUCUCUGACCGGAUUCCUGAUGCUGGAGAUUGUCCUGGGACUGAGCAGCAACCUGACCGUGCUAGCGCUCUACUGCAUGAAGUCCAACUUGGUCAAUUCGGUCAGCAACAUAGUCACGAUGAACCUCCAUGUGCUGGACGUGCUGGUGUGCGUUUGCUGUAUCCCUUUAACCAUCGUAGUGUUGAUGCUUUCCUUACAAGGCGACACGGUGCUUGUUUGCUGCUUCCAUGAGGCCUGCGUGUCAUUUGCUAGCGUGGCUACGGCGGCUAACGUGCUAGCUAUCACUUUAGACCGAUACGACAUAUCCGUUAAGCCGGCCAAUCGCGUACUGACUAUGGGCCGAGCGGUGGCUUUGUUGGGAUGCAUUUGGGUGCUGUCUUUUGUUAGCUUCUUGGUGCCGUUUAUCGAAGUGGGAUUUUUGGGACCGGAGCCCACGCUAGCCAAUCAAACCGCCGUCGUGCAUGUUAACGAAUAUUACACAGAGCUUGGUUUAUACUACCACCUAGUGGCUCAAAUCCCAAUUUUUUGCUUGACUGCUGUGAUUAUGUUAAUGACGUACGCUAAGAUACUUCAGGCGCUCAAUAUUCGAAUUGGAACGCGCUUCCAUGCGACGCAAAAGAAGAAGAAGAAGUUGCGAAGAAAGAAGAAUUUUUCGCUAAUGUCGACGUCUGAGCAGCAAUUGCCAGAAAUCACGGACGCCUCGCAGAGCAGUGGUGGAACUCGGGGAAAUGCGCCGUUAGGUAUGCGCACUUCAGUUUCCGUGAUCAUUGCUCUUCGUAGAGCGGUUAAACGCCACCGGGAGCGCCGUGAGCGACAAAAGCGAGUUUUCCGCAUGUCGUUGCUCAUCAUCUCCACGUUUCUUCUGUGCUGGACGCCUAUUACCGUUUUAAACACUGUGAUCCUCAGCGCAGGCCCCAGCGAUCUCACGGUUAAGCUGCGAUUGGGAUUUCUGGUCAUGGCCUACGGCACUACAGUCUUCCAUCCGCUGCUGUACGCAUUCACCAGGCAGAAGUUCCAGAAAGUGCUGAAAAGCAAAAUGAAGAAGCGGGUGGUGUCCAUCAGCGAGGCGGAUCCACUGCCGAACAACGCAGUGAUCCGAAACUCCUGGAUCGAUCCCAAGCGGAAUAAGAAAGUGACGUUUGAUGAUCACGAAGCAAGACAGAAAUGUCUGUCGUCUGAAGAUGCAGACUAAAGACAGUUCGAGGCUUCCAAAAACAGGAACUAGUUCUCAUUAAAGCACUGUUAUUUAUUCUAUCGAA